AACAUUUAGUGUGUGAGUGAACGCAAAAAAAAGCUUGCCGAUAUUUCAUCCAUCUCCCUCGUAAAUUUUGGACAUAGGCUGAUUGACAACAAAAGCCACUAUUUUGAGGAUCAUUGUUGUUUUAAAUGUUUCCUUGUAAAUAAGUGUUGUGAAACGAGCGCCUGUAUUCGUGAUUUACACAGUGGAUGAAAAAAUAUGAAGCGGCGAAAUGCCGAAACUGGGAAGUUGCGGCGCCCCUUGAAGCGCACAAAAAUCACCGAAGGAAUGUACGGAAAUUCAAUGCUGUACCUGAAGUUUGUGAUGAUUUGGGCAACAGUUGUCAUGGCUGACUAUAUGCUGGAGUUCAGAUUUGAGUUCCUCUGGCCUUUCUGGAUGAUGCUGAGAUCAGUCUAUGAUUCAUUCAAAUAUCAAGGACUGGCAUUCUCAGUAUUCUUCAUCUGCAUAGCACUCACAUCAGAUAUGAUAUGUUUCUUCUUCAUACCCUUACAGUACAUAUUCUUUGCUGCCAGUACCUAUGUGUGGGUACAAUAUGUCUGGUACACAUAUAAAGGCAUCUGUGUACCGACAGUAGCAAUAUGCUGCAUACUGGUGUACGUGGAAGGUCUUUGGCGGGGGUCCCGCGCGGGCGCUGGGGAGCUCUGCAGGCCGUUAGCGGCGCACUGCGUCGGGUACCCGGUGGUCACGCUGGGCUUCGGGGCGAAGGCCCUCAUAGCACACCGGCUGAGACAACGCCGACAGAGGCACGUCCGUGCAAUGAAUGAGUUCUACUUCCAACUCAUGCGGGACGCGCUACCUGAGUCUGCGCUAGACCAGUCACAAACCCAAGUGGCGGGCAAGGACGUCGCUAACGGCGGCGCGGAGUGCUCGCCGGCCGCGUCGCAGGCACCGUCGCCGGACGCGCGGUACGCCAACGGCUCGCUGCGGCGCUGUCGGUACAAGACGGCCGACCACAACGGUCACUGUCCGCCGGAACAUGUAUCCAAUAAGGUAGACAAAAUAGAGAAGCAAGUAUCGCAUACAAAUGCAAUACGCGAGAAGGCGUCCCACGCGUCAAACGGCAGCUCGCACAGCUCGGGCAGCUCACACAGCUCACACAGCGCACACAGCGCACACAGCCCGCACAGCGCGCAUAGCUCGGCGCCCGCCCUCAGCAACGGCUCGGCCUGCCACGCCGCGCCAGACGACGACGACAGACAUGACCACAGUAAAGGUGGUUCAAAGUCUUCGAAGGCAGAAAAAGAAAAGAAAGAGGCUAGCACAUUAAAAGAAGAAAAAAGAAAGAAUAAAAACAGAGAUAAGGAUAAGGACAGUAUCGAUAGUCAUAAGAGUACAGAACAUACAAAAGAACAAAUAGUUAAAGAUAAAGAAGUAGAGAGUACAAAAGAUUGUGUAAAAAUUAAGGAAAGCAGUAACAAAGAGGCUAAGGAGAAAGAGAAGGAAAGAGAUAGAGAACGGGAGAGAGAGACGAGAGAGCGGGACAAGGAACGCGAGAGGGAGCGAGAACGCGAACAGCGCGAAGCCCGCGAGUGUAUGGAAGAGCUGAAGCGUGUCCGCGCGGAGCUGGCGACGGCGCGCGCGGCGGAGGCGGAGGCGCGGCGCGCGCUGGCCGCCGCCGCCGCCGCCGAGCGACAGCGCCGCGCAGACCACGCGCAGCUCAAGCAGGCACACGCCGCGCUGCAGCACAAAGUGAACGCAUGGCGUACGGGUGAGCGUGCGGCGUUGGAGCGGCGACUGGCGGACGAGCGCCGCGCGCGCACUAACGCAGAGAACCAACUGCUACGGGCCAGGCACCAGCCACGGACGCCUAAUGGGGAAUGUGAGAGCGAGUCGUGCAGAUCGCGUCGCGCGGCGGCCGAGGCGGAGGGCGCGCUGCUGCGGCGCGAGCUGCGCGCGGCGCGGGAGCGGGCCGCCGCGCUGGCCGGCGAGCGCGCCGCCGCGCUGGCCCGCGCGCCCGCGCCCGCCGCCGGCGCCUUCGACUCCGCCGCCGAGCGUCUGCACCAUCUCGAGCACUCGCUCUCUGCAGAGACACGGGUCAAGCUGGACCUGCUCUCCGCGCUGGGCGAUGCUAAACGCAAGCUCAGCAUACAGGACGGCUUAAUAUCAAGACAAGAAAAAGAAAUAGAGGAACUGAAAGCUCAAAUGCUGGCGGUGAUGCCGACGGAGUUCGUGGCGCCGUCGAGUGCCGCGGUGUCCAAGCUUCGACUCUCGGACGGAUCACCCCUGGACCCCAACGCCUCCGUGUACACGCCCAAGCAACUAGCGCAGUGCUCCGACGCCUGAACCAAGGAACGAACGCGGCCAAGCAAGUAUUGUCUAACUUACUUCACCAAACGACAACUAGGUUACAGCAAGAUUGUACGAAAAUGUUAAGAAAUUCUGUGUGGUGAUUGUGACACGAACAAAUUAUAUUUAGUGAUGAUACAAAACAACGUGGCAUUCUAAGGUCUGUGAGAAUUUGACAUGAAGUUGAUCUACUGUGAAGAGUAUUGCCAGAUACAAGAAUCAAUAACCGGUAACAUAGCAUUUAAAUGGACAUUUAAGCUGUAAAAUCGCCGGUACAUUCAAAUUUAUACCUGGCAAUUCGUAACUAAAUUCACCGAGUACCUGUAGGUUUGUAUUGAAAUAAUUUAGACAAUACUUUAGCAUAGACAGAUAAAAUCUAGAAAUAUUAAGACCUUGCGCGUUCUUCCUAAACCGAGCUUCGACCCUUACCCAAGCUGUGCUGGUCUUUGUAUGGGCGUUUUCUGAUCUCAAUUUGUUUUUUUUUGUUUUCUAAUUGAUAACGCAAGCUGACAAGAUGUUUUUCGUUAAUUUAUUGUGUUAGUUAAAAUUUAAAAGUGAUUUUUUUGUAAGUCUAAGUCGAAAGCAGGCGGUAGACUUGGCUGACAUUUUGUUAAGAUUGAUUUUGAAAUUUUCUGUUCUUGACUGAUGCAUUUCUUUUUGGAAUUUUACUGAUCAUUCUUAACUCGAGUCAAGUGCAAUCGUCCGCAAAUGUCCAUACAAAUAUCGGUAGUCUAAGAAAUUCAACUGGAUAUACUUAAAAUAUAAAAAAUAACAAGUGUGUUAGUUUUGUAACAGUGUACGUACAUAUUUCAAGACAGAGCGUUUAUUUUUUCAUAAUAUUAAAAUAAUUGAAUUUCACACGUUUGUGGUGACUUUACCCUUUGGUAUUUAUCGAUAUGAGAUUCCUCCGGAGUGUGUAACUCCCGAGAACUGUCUCUGACACUAUGACGACGGCGUUCGCUUUAUUGUGCGCACAAUUACGGUCAUGUUCUAGCCUGUAACUGCGUCCAAACCAGCGAAUAAAUAACAUUUCAAACAGACUAAAUUGCAUUUCGUUGAAAAGUGAAUCUUAAAGUCAUUCCUUAAGAUACAUUUUUCAACGACAAAGGAGUCCCUGCAUUUUUCGGCAUUUCUUCAUAAUUAUGUGACCGUGCAAAGAUCUCUUCAAGCAUAAUCUGUGUGAUCAACAAUUCAACAGUCCUCUGUGUGACUCGCUGCUGCAGUUAAAUAUAUGCGUGUUCUUUUUGAAUUUUAUGUGAUAAAUUGUACAAAUUAAGAUCUGAGAUCGAGUCUUCUUCCUUGUAUAUUAAAUUUGUAGUUUUAUUCGACGUUUUUAGUCCAAAUUUGUCUGUAUUUACGUGCGGCGCUGGCUGGCGGUAUGUUCGAGAACUACCGGCGUGGCGCCCACAUUUUCUUGUUGAACUUGCGAUUUGAGUAUUGUUUGACGUGGGACAGCAUUUUGACAGAUGAUGGGAACCAUGACAGUUGUGAUUUUGACAGAUGUUCCGGUUUGGUAAAACUGCUUCUGUUUUUUAAUUCUAAGGAUAUCUGUGGGUUUUUGAUAACUUGAAAAUUCGUACUUAAACAUUUGGGAAAGAUUCUAAAUCUGCUUUAAAAAUUAGUUUAUUGAACCAUGGCCAGUAUUAUGAAAAAGAAACUACAGAUAUUCAUAGACUUUCUUCCUUUACAAUAAGUUGUACACAUACGUAAUAUUCGCCUAAAAGAUUAUACCCCAAACAAUUUGUAUUAGCACAAUAUCUUAUUCAUUUAAAAUUGAAAAACUUGUGGAAUCACUUUGCAACUCAAAUCUUGCUUUGAGGUUUAUAUUGACCGAUAAAAAUUAAUUGACGCUGCAAAAUUUGCAAAGGACAACCGAUUUAUAUUGUCUAUAUGUUUUAACGGUCACAAAUUCAUUUAAAAACUGACCUUGCCUGCUUUACAGCUGAAAACCUCGCUUAGUAUUUUAUUUAGCAACUCCUUAACUAUGGUAAAUCUUUCUAUUGGCGCUAUAUUAUAAGUUUGGGGUCUUAGAUUUUCAAAAUAAUGAUUUUUGUUGCUAUAUAUCAGUCAGAAUGGCCAACUGCUCUAACCUACUGUCCAUUGAGAUUAAAAGCUUGAAGAUUUGCAACUGAUAUCCACAGAUUUUUAUAGAAUCUCUUACAAAUAUACUAAAUAGACUUUCUAUGUAUAAAUAGACGGUUAUUUUCAAAAAUAUUGCACAACGCGCUAUUUAAAAAAGGACCAUGUCCCGCCUCUAAAGGUGCUGGCACCAAAUACUGUUAUAUUUUUAAAUUUGGAAGGGACAUUGUUUGUUUUUAAAUUUUGCGUUUUGUUUCUUCGAACAUGGAUUUCUAUGUAAGCAAUAGUUUUAAAAUAAUUUUUAAAAAUGUUAAGAAUAAUAUCUCAUUGUAUAAAUACAGCUGUGUGUGUUUUAGUAAUUGUGUUUAUGGUUAAUUAUCAUUAGGUACAAACUAACUAUGAGGACAAAUUCGACUGACUUUAAUUUUUUAUAAUAAGUUAUAAAAGAGAUUUGUAGCAAAACAAAGACUUGUUUUGACUUAUUUUUAGAAAAAAAUAGUAUUAUUGAUGUAGUUUUGUAUUGCCGACUGGUUAAGAAUAUACAAUGAGGUAUUAAUUCUCAAAAAAGCUACCGUAUUUUUGCUAAAUAGAUGGCACAAAUAUAGGAAGAGGUAUUUUUUAUCACUGUAGCUGUCAAAAAUUAAAUUACCAAUGGUCUGACACUAGCCAACUCCCUAUUGGACGAAAAGACGAGAGAUCUGUAGUGCCAUCUGGUGAGCAAAACCGGUAGUUCUCAAUAAAAUUCAUCCAUCCAUACCAUAAUGCCGAUAGACUUAUAAUUACGUUCUUCCCACUGUAACCAGCUUCCAAAAUCGACUCUGUUGCAUUUAUACAAUAGUACAAUUAAUUUUAUAAUAAAAUAAAACCUUCUAUUAAUUUACUAAGCGACGGAAUUGUAUGAACAUAGUAUAAUGAUGGAUUCGUAUAGCGUAGUCUAAUUGGUUGUAAAGUGCGUUCAUUUUCGCACUGUUUUCGAUGUUGAUACGUUCAAUUUGAGGUGUUUUUGUGUGCCAAUUUAUUCUGCCUAUAUAUUGCUCGGCCUUGUAUACUUGUUUGGUAGAUAUAGAAUGAUCCCAGUACUUCACAGCGUGUAUGUUUUGUUGGCUCAACAUUUUUUGCACUAUGGUUGUAAUCGUGACACGGUUGUUGAUGUUGUGUUUUUUGGGAUCAAUUGGUGAUUAUCUUUAUAGUUUCUUUAAGCUCUCGUGUAUUGUGUUUUACUCCGUAUAAGUUCUUGUUAAGCAUUGUUUUUGUAUCAAUUUAAUAUUAACGUUAAAUAGCAUAAGUUUAAACUUAUCUCUGGCGCUAAUUUUUUCAGUGUUUUGAGCUGUAUUUAUCUUAAGACGUCACAACAAAUUUUGUUGUAUUAUUUUUAGUAUCUUCUUAAAAAAUAUCUACAAUAUAAGUAUACAAGGUUUUAAAGAGCUUUCACACUCACAAGAGUUACGCGAUAUAACGCAUAUUGGAUACAACAAAAGUAUAAAAAAUGAACAUUUCCGUAUUAUUUUUGAGAUUUUGUACCGUUCACUCUAGUCUUAUAUAAGGUCGAUACUACACUGCCGCGGAUUUCAAUGUCGCUAGUCAGUCGUAUUUUAUAUCAGAAGUUAGCAUACACUUACAUGUAUCAGUUAGGUAUUUAAAAUGAGGUUGUUAUCACAUUUUCAAGUGUAACUAUCUAUGUCACAUCACGUGGAAUUUGUGUUUAUAAUAGUUGAGUGAGAUUAACGUUCCGGUGCGGACAGUGUGUAUCGACCUUUACAGUUAUUUGUAAAUCUAAGUUUUAGGCGUUUAGUUUUUUUUUUAUUUAUAACGGAUGCGCACUGCCCAUGAAGUUUGACUUCCUUUCCUUACCUUACUUUGGAACUACGUAAAAUGAUUGUGAAAGUACUUAAUUUAGAUAUUUAGACUUGAUGUGAUUAUUAUUUUCGAAUAUGAAAUCUGUACGCAGCAGAUACCGAUGUAUAUUUUUUCAUGAAACCGGACGAGACCUACGGGAACGUUAUCGUGCGUAGGAACAAACGUACAAUGGAACGAUUUGAAUUUUCACUAGUGAAAUGUAAGUGAUAAUGUUUGUUUGUAUUAUAAACAGAUGCUGUAACAGCAAUAAAAAAUCAGACUUGCAACUUUGGUUUUCUUUAUCUUCCUUUUGAAUUUUUACUUUAAGUUAAGAUGGCCAUGGUUUUUUGGUUCGAACAAAAUAUUUUUGUUUGCUGGUCUCAGUUCAGCGACUAAUAGUAAAUAAUUUUAAGAACUUUGAUAUCACAUUCAGAUUCGUUUCUACGAAACUUGACUGGACAAAUAUUACCUUCAUUUAAGUGAAUAUCUGAUUUCAAAUAGAAAAUAUAUGUCAGGAUUAAAAAAUACGAGAAUAUUAUUAAAAGUUUAUUUUUAAUUAAUUCACUAAUUCUUGGAUAAAAACAUCCAAUAUUCCAGUAGAAUAAACCGAAAAUUAUAUUAUUAAUAUCAGAUCUGACAACUCCUGAUGCAGUUAAAUUUAAAACUAAAUUACUUAUUAAAAAAAAUAAAAUUAAAUCAUUAGAUUUCACACCAUGGUUAUAUUCUUGUCUAAUUACCAGGCUGACAUAAUUACAGUUAUGAAAUGUAUUACUGAAAAAGUUAAUAUUGCUUCCAGAGCUGACUAGGUUCAAGGCAAUCUGCAUUGCAUAUGUCCACAGGGUACAGUAAAUAUGUAGCAUAAGUCUGAUCUAAACUAUAAGUUUUGUACUUAUUAAAUUAUGCAAAGUAUUUAAUUUCAAUGUUUUCCAUUCAACCCUGAGAGCCUGGCUUCACUAACCAGACUCUGGAUCUCAAGUUGCACACUCAAUGCUUUCUGUAAAUCCAUCUUCCUCAACUGAGAUGCAAUAUACUUCCCAUAGAUAUCAAAUUCAUCCUCUUUUGCAGAAGGCUCUAUAUUUGAGUCUAAGUUCUCCACAAAUGUUCCAGAACAGUCUGUACUAGGCCUUCUGUGGUUCAUUUUUUUCUUUUUAUUCUGGUAUCUACUUUCAUUGAUUUGUGGUACUUCUCGGGGUUCCGUUUUUAAAAUUAAUGUGUAUUCAUUAUCUGUAGGGAAUGGCUCCAGAGUUUCCUCUUCCAUGUUGUCCGUGGUUGAAAGCCAUAUUUUUUGGUUUGCGUCAUCUAGAGAAUCUUGUUGCUGGAAACCAAAGCAAAGAAUUAUUUAUAUCAUAGAUAUGUGAUGGAUUAGAUUAAUAGAAUGAUCUAUAAUGUACAAAAUUU